GCCUGAAACCACACGCUGAAGCAGAAUGGCGUCCCCUUCACCCCAUGACCGCAGCCGGAAUGAUGACGAGGACGACCCGGUGGAUCGGAUGAUAUCCCAGACUGGAUGUGCCGAGGUGCACUACGCUGUGCAGGAGUGCAUGGCUGAGCACCAGGACUGGCGAGUGUGCCAGAGCCAGGUCCAGACUUUCAAGGACUGCAUGAUGGAUUUCCAAAAAGCCCGGAAAGAACGGCUGAUGAAGCAGCGGCCAAUGUCCACUGAGGCUGCUUCCAACUGAACUCGCCAAA